AUGACCUCUCUCUUCGGAAAGAAACACCGCUCGUCGGCCUCUGCGUCUUCGACUCAUGGAGCGAUAUCACCCAACGGACUGGUCGCCUCAGUUCCAUAUAAUCAGAUCACUUCUUCGGGCCCACCUCCAGUCGCCGGGCCAUCGACAAAAGGCAGCGGCGAUGUCACAGGACGGAUGAUCAGUCCACCCAACACCAAUCCCAUGUUGACCGAUCAAGGAACACCGAUGAACGUUAGUAGACGAGGUGAUGGUCUACCUCUGCCGUCGAAUAGGAGGGGAUCUAAUAGAGAUGAAUCGGAUAGGGAUAGAAGGUCUCACAUUACGGAUCCCGGAGGAGGAAGGAUGUCACCCGACUUGCCUGGUCAGUCAAAAAGGUCAACCGCAGAUGCCGCUGGAGGAGUGAGGUAUAACCAACCUGGUAUAGUCCUUGACGCCUCGUCAUCUACUGGUAUUCGAUAUCAACCACCUACCGUUGUCACUCAGAAUACGGCACGAUCCCCUACUCCCCAAGAACUCGGUGGCCCAGCUGCUAAACACCCUUAUGCAAUGAGUUAUGGUUUCCAAGAUCCGGAAACGGCUUCGAUACGUACAGUCUCAUCGAUCAACUCCCAGCGUCCUAAUCGAGAUGGACGAUAUCCUACCUUCGAUGGUCCUCCUCCUGCCAGAUCAAGUGUUUCAAGCCGACAUGCACACCCUUCAUCGAAUGGUCGUUCAACACCCACAGCAUCCACCUCAACCACCUCACUCGUUCAACCUCAUACACCGCGACAAGAUGACUUUCAUUUCCCUCGUCCCAAUGAUGCGAGGAUAGAGGAACUCUUCCAGCAAUUACUGGAGAGUAGAGAUCUGGAUACCUCUCAACCGAAAGGUGUACCUUCUAUAUCCUCAAGAAGCUCGAUAUCAUCCACCGUGUCUAAUAUCGCCAAAACCGCUUCCUCCAUACCUAUCGAAUCCAAAUGGCAGAUGGUCGAGGCUGACGCUCGAAAUCGACACGAGAAUGCAAGGGUGGCUCGACGCAAGGAGGAAGAACUGAAUCGGAUGAGUAUAGGAAAAAGAGUAGAUGCUAGAAGUUUGGAUAGAACGACUGCAGAAUGGUAUCUGACCAAGGCUUUAGAUGGGAAGUUGACGGUAGAUCAUCUCAAGGCUUUAGACAUUAGCUUGCGGACGGAAACUCUUGACUGGAUGGAUAAUUUUAUGGCUCAUCAAGGUCAAGUGGUGCUUGCGAAUUAUCUAAACGGUAUAACACAUCGCAAAGGGAGAGGUCCUGUAGAUGCAAAUUUAGAGUUGGAAUUACUGAAAUGUCUGAGAAGAUCUUUAGGCAAUAAAGUAAAUGCCUUUCAGAAACCUCAAGUGAUCAAUGCAAUCGUCUCCUCUCUCAUCUCCCCUCACAUCGUAUGCCGCAAGAUUGCAGGAGAGAUCCUCGUUUUCUUUUGUCAUUACAAUGCCGAUGCAAACCCUCGUCUCGGUCUACGUUUAGUCUUAUCAGGAUUCACUGCGUUGGAACAGCAGAUCAAUGCUAGUGUAGCUGAUCUCGCAUAUAAAGUCGGUCGGUUCGACGCUUGGCUGAGGCAGUUUGAAGCUACAAUCGAUGGAAGAGGAAGAAUGGGCAGUAUGGUUGGGCUGAGUAAAGAUCUCAGAGGAAUGGACGAUGGCUUCUUGAUGGAUUAUUGUGUCACUAUGCUCUGCCUGGUUCAAGGUGUAAUGUCCGGGAAAGAUAUCAAAUCAAGAUGUUCGGUACGAGCUCAGCUGGAAACCGCAGGCAUCCUCAACAUUUUCCACAAGAUCAAACAGUGGAAUGAUCCGGACACCAUGAAGUUGAUCAUAGAAUACGAAACCGAAGCCGAGAAUGACCGUCGUGACUUGAUUGAUGAAGAGGAUCGAGAAAUGCUUAAAUCGAUGAGAAGUCCUGAAGACGUCUUUCGUGCUCUGUUGCAAACCACCAAAGGAUCAAAAGCCAGUGCAUACCUUCUCAACGCACUUCGCCAUCUUCUACUUAUUAAGGGAGAGAAAGAGGAGAAGGUCCGAUAUUUCCAGCUUCUCGACAAGCUGAUCACCAGUAUUGUCAUGAGUGAUACGCCGGAUCUUAGUCAAGAUUUCUCUCGUGCUUUUGGAAUUUCAGUAUCUCAUCUUGUGGGGAAGUUUGUAGAACAAGAUCGCCUAGAUGAAGCCAUGGUAGAACUCAAAAGCAUGAAAGUAGCUCUCGCCAGACUUCAAGAGGAAAAGCGAAGCUUGCAAGAGGAAAUAUCUGCCGGUGAUGAAGGGUUAGUAGGCAAACUGAAAGCCCAGGUCAUCGAUCUGGAAGAGAAGUUGAGAAGAUCCAGAGCCGCUACGGAAACGGUCACUGAUCAGAUGGAAGGGAUGAAGCGGGAUUACGAGCAGCGUAUAGCCGAUUUAGAACUAUAUAUUCAAGAACUGUUCAACAUGCUUCGUGAAACCAAUCAUCUCGAGCAAGUGCAGGAGAUGACCCAUGGGCCUAUCGAUAGGAGGAAAUUGAUUCAUGAUCUUCGUGAACAGUGGGAAAGGAAGAAGACUAUUCGUAAACUGGAAGGAAAGAAUCGACGGAAAACGGCGAGACCAGGGUCCACGAUAUUGGAGGAUGAAUCAGAAGAAGAUGUUGAAGAUGAAGAUGGUGAAGUGAUGGAAGCGGAAAAAGUUGCUUUAGGAGGUCAAGCCAAGGGAGAGGUGAAGAACGCACAUAGAGAGUCUCAUCGAGACAGGAAGGCGAUGUCCGGUUCGCAAUUUAUGGAUGCCGAGGAGGAAAGGGUCAGAGCCCAUAUCGAGAACUCAUUAGCCAAAGGAGCGGACUCAGUGUCGCCCAUACGUCCCCAAGGUGCAUCAUCAUCUCGUACUGGUCGAACGCGCGACGAUCUCACCCCUACUCGAAGAGCGUUCGACAUCAAUGCUCCUCCUGUUGGCGAGAAGUCGAUAUAUCGUCAAUCAAAGAAGCCAGGUCUUCCCCCUCGUUUCCUGGAAGAGAUACGAUUCAAGGCUCUUUCUCGAAGUUCCUCGGCUCCUGCUGGCUUAGUCAGCGAUGACGAUGUCGAGGGUGGAGAUUACAGAGAUAGUCAGUUCACACAACGUACCGACGGUACUGGCUACACAUCUGUCAUGUCAUACGAGAUACGUACACCUAGCAGUCGAGACAGCUUCAGGGUGCAGGUCCUCAGUCGAGCCAAAUCGAUCCGUCAUGGUUUGAUCUCGGACGAUAUCUUGCCGGAAGAUGCUGGGAAUUUGUCCACCGUGCAAGAAGGCGAAGAGAGUAGAGGCAGUGUCGGUUACGAUACUGAAGAUGGCGCAGGCGAAUUGGAGAAGCCAUCUUCAUCUGUAGCCCAUUCUCCCCCUCCUCCCCCACCCCCACCUCCUCCCCCUCCACCGCCGCCUCCCCUACCGAUGUUCGGCACCCCAGCAAGUACUUCUACCAGUUCUUUCUCUUCACCUCCGCCGCCUCCCCCACCGCCUCCGCCUCCGCCGCCUCCUGGAGCCUUUGCCGGACCAGGUGCACAAUUACCUGGAAUCUGGUUCUCCUACCCUCCUCCACCACCACCGCCCCCUAUCUCACCUCAGAACUCUUUGCCGACCGUCGCUCGGGCCCCUCUUGGAUCGAUCAGCUCACUCCUUCACGGUUCAAAUGACUCUCGUAAAGACAUUGGUGUGAUUGCUAGUAAGAAGAUGAAGCAACUCCAAUGGGAAAAGGUCUCCAAGAAUCAAUUGUCGAAAACUGUAUGGGGUCAAGCCGAUGAGGUGGAAAGUGAGUUGGUGGAUAAGAUGAAGGCUGUGAAUCUAUGGGAUGAGAUGGAAGACGAGUUCAAAGCAAAGGAAAUCAUCUAUGAUGCCGUCAAAAAACGUAAAGAAACGGAGUUGCAGAGUGUUCUCGCGCCCGAUCAUCGUAAAAGAAUUGAAAUUCUCAUGGCUGGUUCGACUGCGAAAAGCUUCAAAGACCCCGAGAGACUUUCGGAAGCUAUCGCCAAUUUCAGCAGCGAGCUUUGUACGGAAACAUUCUUACACGAGCUUCAAGGUGUUUUACCGAAUGACGAUGACCGAGGUAAACUUCUCACUCAUUCCGCUGAUACCGAAGCGGAAUUGGAGCUGCUUCAUCCUGCUGACCGACUAAUGGUCCGCCUGAUUCAACUCCCUCACCUGAACGACAGAGUCAAAGGAAUGUUAUUCGAGGUUCGCUUUGCCCAGAACAUGGACUUGCUGGAGCAGAGUCUCUCCAUUCUCAAAAGCGCUUGUCAUGAUCUCCGUCAUGCCGAACGGUUCCAAAAACUGCUCAACGUGAUCCUCACAAUGGGGAAUUACCUCAAUGGUACCAACUUUGCCGGUGGGGCUUUCGGAUUCAAGAUUGCUAGUAUCAACAGACUUGUCGACACCAAAUCCAGCGGUGGUGGAAACUUACUGCAUUUCCUUGAGAAAACGGUCUCUCAGCAUUUCCCUCAUCUCGAUGGGUUCUUGGACGAACUGGCAAAACCAGCUGAAGCGUCUCGAGUCAAUUAUGCCGAUAUGCAAGCUACGUCGAAACACAUGCUCGAUGAGAUCCGAAAGAUCCGAGACUCUCUACGAAACAACUUCGAAGAAGGCGUGGAUGGGUAUACCAAGAAGAUGUUCCGUUUCUCUGCUGUUGCUGAAGAACGACUCCAGGAUCUUAGGGAUGGUAUAAUCGGAGCUGAUAAGGAGCUGCGAGAGGUCGAGACCUAUUAUGGUGAAGGCGAAGAGAUGGGUAGACCCCUACAGAGUCAAGAUUUCUUUGGAAUAUUCAGAACAUUCACCUCAUCUUAUAGAUUCUGUCGAUCCCAAAACAGAGCUAGAGCCGAAGAAGCCGCUGCUCGAGAACGUCGGGCUGCUGCGAAAGCUGCUCUGACCCCUCAAACUACCGGCAUGUCUACUGCUUCGCGCGACCUCAUCGACGGUACGAUGCAACGUCUCAAGGUCGAAGGUACACCCCGAGUUAAGCGUGAACGACGUGCUCAUCUACCUCCGCCAAGUCCUCUACCUCAAACCACCGAUUUCUCCGAUUUCAUGAUUCCGCUCUCAGCGGGUGAUACCGAAACUCUCGAUUUCGGUUCUCUAGCUCAGCGGAUGAUGUUGGAUGAGAAUUUCUUCCCUGGAUUGUCUUCUGGAGGAGGGUUCGGUGAACCGAUCGAUACUGGCCUUCUCAGUCCACAACCAACCGGAGAAGAACCGCUUUCACCUGAAUCACCCAGUCCGAAUCCGCUCACGAUCGCUGAACAGGAGGGAAAAGCACUCUUGCCUUCGCCAAGCGAAAUGGGACGUCACAGUCCGAUACCACUAUCAAAAGUUUCAGAGCAAGAAGAAGACGAGGGACGAUUUGAAGAUUGA